GGGGAGAAACCUUUUGAAUGCUCAGAGUGUGGAAAGAGAUUCAGUGAGAGUGGCCAUCUGCAAGGUCAUCAGAGAACCCACACAGGGGAGAAACCUUUUGAAUGCUCAGAGUGUGGAAAGAGAUUCAGUGAGAGUGGCAGUCUUCAACAUCAUCACAGAACCCACACAGGGGAGAAACCUUUUGAGUGCUCAGAGUGUGGAAAGAGAUUCAGUCAGAGUGGCGAUCUUCAACGUCAUCAGAGAACCCACACAGGGGAGAAACCUUUUGAGUGCUCAGAGUGUGGAAAGAGAUUCAGUCGGAGUGGCGAUCUUCAACGUCAUCAGAGAACCCACACAGGGGAGAAACCUUUUGAAUGCUCAGAGUGUGGAAAGAGAUUCAGUGAGAGUGGCAGUCUUCAACAUCAUCACAGAACCCACACAGGGGAGAAACCUUUUGAGUGCUCAGAGUGUGGAAAGAGAUUCAGUCAGAGUGGCGAUCUUCAAUGUCAUCAGAGAACCCACACAGGGGAGAAACCUUUUGAGUGCUCAGAGUGUGGAAAGAGAUUCAGUCGGAGUGGCGAUCUUCAACGUCAUCAGAGAACCCACACAGGGGAGAAACCUUUUGAAUGCUCAGAGUGUGGAAAGAGAUUCAGUGAGAGUGGCAGUCUUCAACAUCAUCACAGAACCCACACAGGGGAGAAACCUUUUGAGUGCUCAGAGUGUGGAAAGAGAUUCAGUCAGAGUGGCGAUCUUCAACGUCAUCAGAGAACCCACACAGGGGAGAAACCUUUUGAGUGCUCAGAGUGUGGAAAGAGAUUCAGUCGGAGUGGCGAUCUUCAACGUCAUCAGAGAACCCACACAGGGGAGAAACCGUUUGAAUGCUCAGAGUGUGGAAAGAGAUUCAGUGAGAGUGGCCAUCUGCAAGGUCAUCAGAGAACCCACACAGGGGAGAAACCUUUUGAAUGCUCAGAGUGUGGAAAGAGAUUCAGUCAGAAUGGCAGUCUUCAACAUCAUCAGAGAACCCACACAGGGGAGAAACCUUUUGAAUGCUCAGAGUGUGGAAAGAGAUUCAGUCGGAGUGGCAGUCUUCAACAUCAUCACAGAACCCACACAGGGGAGAAACCUUUUGAAUGCUCAGAGUGUGGAAAGAGAUUCAGUGAGAGUGGCCAUCUGCAACGUCAUCAGAGAACCCACACAGGGGAGAAACCUUUUGAAUGCUCAGAGUGUGGAAAGAGAUACAGUGAGAGGAGGAAUCUUCAACAGCAUCAGAGAACACACAGAGGAGAGAAUCUUUGGAAUUCUCAAUCUACAUCCCAGUCAAUGACAGCACUCCCCCCCCCACCUUUUGAACGUGCUGAUAAGCCGCUCGAUUCAGCUUCCUGCCACUCGGAGCCGACUGGGCCGCCAAGGCUGAGCACCUGUGACUUCGUGGUUGGUGGGCAAAUAGAUUCUGUGGGCUUCACACAGGCAUACUGGCUUCUGGAGGAUUAUUACUACUUCACACGGAUUGAUGGGUUUUGUGCCUGCCGGUGGAGCCUGCCGUGCUCAGAGUGUGGAAAGAGAUUCAGUGAGAGUGGCAGUCUUCAACAUCAUCACAGAACCCACACAGGGGAGAAACCUUUUGAGUGCUCAGAGUGUGGAAAGAGAUUCAGUCAGAGUGGCGAUCUUCAACGUCAUCAGAGAACCCACACAGGGGAGAAACCUUUUGAGUGCUCAGAGUGUGGAAAGAGAUUCAGUCGGAGUGGCGAUCUUCAACGUCAUCAGAGAACCCACACAGGGGAGAAACCUUUUGAAUGCUCAGAGUGUGGAAAGAGAUUCAGUGAGAGUGGCAGUCUUCAACAUCAUCACAGAACCCACACAGGGGAGAAACCUUUUGAGUGCUCAGAGUGUGGAAGGAGAUUCAGUCAGAGUGGCGAUCUUCAACGUCAUCAGAGAACCCACACAGGGGAGAAACCUUUUGAGUGCUCAGAGUGUGGAAAGAGAUUCAGUCGGAGUGGCGAUCUGCAAGGUCAUCAGAGAACCCACACAGGGGAGAAACCUUUUGAAUGCUCAGAGUGUGGAAAGAGAUUCAGUCAGAGUGGCAGUCUUCAACAUCAUCAGAGAACCCACACAGGGGAGAAACCUUUUGAAUGCUCAGAGUGUGGAAAGAGAUUCAGUCGGAGUGGCAGUCUUCAACAUCAUCACAGAACCCACACAGGGGAGAAACCUUUUGAAUGCUCAGAGUGUGGAAAGAGAUUCAGUCGGAGUGGCCAUCUUCAACAUCAUCACAGAACCCACACAGGGGAGAAACCUUUUGAAUGCUCAGAGUGUGGAAAGAGAUUCAGUGAGAGUGGCCAUCUGCAACGUCAUCAGACAACCCACACAGGGGAGAAACCUUUUGAAUGCUCAGAGUGUGGAAAGAGAUUCAGUGAGAGUGGCCAUCUGCAACGUCAUCAGAGAACCCACACAGGGGAGAAACCUUUUGAAUGCUCAGAGUGUGGAAAGAGAUUCAGUCAGAGUGGCAGUCUUCAACAUCAUCACAGAACCCACACAGGGGAGAAACCUUUUGAAUGCUCAGAGUGUGGAAAGAGAUUCAGUCAGAGUUGCCAUCUUCAACGUCAUCAGAGAACCCACACAGGGGAGAAACCUUUUGAAUGCUCAGAGUGUGGAAAGAGAUUCCGUUGGAGUGGCCAUCUUCAAGAUCAUCAGAGAACCCACACAGGGGAGAAACCUUUUGAAUGCUCAGAGUGUGGAAAGAGAUUCAGUCGGAGUGGCAGUCUUCAACAUCAUCACAGAACCCACACAGGGGAGAAACCUUUUGAAUGCUCAGAGUGUGGAAAGAGAUUCAGUCAGAGUGGCACUCUUCAACAUCAUCAGAGAACACACAGAGGAGAGAAUCUUUGGAAUUCUCAAUCUACAUCCCAGUCAAUGGGAGCACUCCCCCCCCCACCUUUUGAACGUGCUGAUAAGCUGUUUGUCCGUCACCCUCCGUUACUGCAAUGGCAACUCUCAUCCUGUAGGUUCCAAUGA